AAACUAAAACUAGCCCAACUUGUUCGGCAUUUUGUUUCCCUUUAUUUCUUCGCUUUCUCCCCCCCCCUUGUUUCUUUGCUCGCUCUCUCUCUCUCUCUCUCUCUCUCGCCCUUUCACUUCACUCAUCUUGCUCGCUUCAACUCUCAAAAAGAUUAAGAAAAAUUAAAGAACACGUCCUUGUCAAAAACGAUGAACACUGCUCGACAUACGGCUGAUCCAGAACUGUUUUACACAAAGCAUGAGCGAAUAGGCAAAGGAUCGUUCGGUGAGGUGUUUAAAGGCAUUGACAAACGAACGCAGAAACCUGUUGCGAUUAAGAUAAUUGACCUCGAGAGCGCCGAAGAUGAAAUAGACGACAUUCAACAAGAGAUUGCUAUUCUUUCUCAACUGGACUCGCAAUAUGUGACAAAGUACCAUGGAUCAUAUCUUAAAGAUAGUGCUCUAUGGAUUGUGAUGGAAUUUUGCUCGGGUGGAUCAUGCAGUGAUCUUCUUAAAGUGAACCCAAUGCAAGAACAAUACAUUGCCAUCAUCAUACGCGAACUGCUCCGUGGUCUCGAGUAUUUGCACACAGAAGGCAAACUCCAUCGCGUCAUCAAACCUGCAAACAUCUUGCUCGGAUCCAAUGGUGAAGUCAAGCUUGCCGAUUUCGGUGUCUCUGGUCAGCUCACAGCAACAUUAACGAAAAAGAACACGUUUGUUGGUACACCUUUCUGGAUGGCACCCGAAGUUAUUAAGCAAUCCGGUUACGAUUACAAAGCAGAUAUCUGGUCGCUGGGCAUUACCGCAAUGGAAUUGGCUAAAGGCGAGCCACCUCAUGCCGAAAAACAUCCGAUGCGGGUCCUGUUUCUUAUACCCAAAGAUCCUCCUCCUGCUCUGGAAGGCAACUAUAGCAAAGCAUUCCGAGAUUUUGUACAUGUGUGUCUCCAAAUGGAUCCUAGACAGAGACCAUCGGCCAAAGAGCUAUUGAAGCAUAAAUUUAUCAAGAGUGCGAAAAAGAUUUCGUACUUGACCGAGCUUAUUGACCAGCAUGAACAAUGGGCUGCCACACACGAUGACAGGAGCAGUAACCAUUCAGAAGAUGAUUCUACCAUUGACAUGCCUGAUGAUGAUGGCUGGGAUUUCGGUACUGUCCGACAAUCACUUCCGCCCGCACCUAAACCCACGAUCCCCUCAGCCGCACCAAGUCGAUAUUCCUUGGGUUCUUAUGCUGGAAGCACGACUUCACUUGCAAGCACUAAUACCACCACUGCUGCCACCGCUAAUAAUCACAUCAACAAUAACCACAACAACAAUCAUACGCGUCCUCUUCCUGAGUCACCCUCGAAUCAGCAAUUGAAGCCGCUUAGCAACAGUAACCAUAACCUCAAAAAUAGCAGCAACAGAUCGCUUGGAUUACCUCGCAACUCAGCAGAUUCUAGGAGCUUGUCAUCUAGCAGCAGUCUGUAUAGCGAAUUGGAUGAGACCACGAGUCAAAAUACGGUCCGAGCCAUUGAUUCCAAAUAUGUCCAACAACAACGUAACGAUUACCACAACAACUAUACCCAUUCCUCUCAACUGCCCAGCAACUCUCCUUCUUCAAGAAGUAUCAAUACAAUAAAGAGCGAAUCGAUUCUUCGAGAUGCUAUUAACCCGGCACUGAUUAAGCUGCAAGCCGGAUCACGAAGCCACAAGUCGCAAGCAGCUUUAGAGACAUUGCGACGAGCGUUCCAUGGAGCUGAACGCGAAUGUCCAGGGACGACACAAGUACUUUUCGAGGAAAUGUACCGUUGUUUGAAAAACAACGGAUAAAGUUUCUUUAUGUUCACUAAUCACAUUGUGUGAAAAAAAAUUUAUUGUGUUAAAGUUCGAAAUUGAUAAUUUACCAACCCAAUGGUGAUGAUGUAGCCUCCCCCAGUUAUUUGCUUGCUUUCGCCCCAUUUUAUUAGUAUUAUUGCUAUACAAAAAAACCUCUCUGUCUGUCUCUCGCUCCCGCAAUCCAACAUUACAUAUUACACCACAUUCCACGCUUCCAAAAUAACAUACAGCAACAAACAUCUUUUAUUUUUAAAAGUACA